AUGGAGACCGCAGCCCCGACGGCCCCCCUGGCCGCAUCUGUCCGGUCUCGAUACCAAUCCCUCCAGGCUGGGGCGUCCCCUUCCCGGGGCCCCGGGGCCCCGCUGUCCCCCGCCCCCCUGCACCCCCCUGAUUCCUCGUCCACAUCCAAGAAGCGGCCGAGAAGGGCCCGAGGCAGGGCCAGCUCCCUGGCGUGGCUGGCGGCCCCCUCGGCCCCCCGCGGUCCCCUCCGGCCUCGCCUCCGCUUCUCCCUGGGGUACUCGCCGCUGCGGGAGGAGCUGACUCUGACGGGCCUCGGCGCGUGGGAGCUGCCCCGGGGCCCCCUGCCCGGCCGGGGCACGUACGUCAGGCUGCGCCUGGUCCCGGGCGGGGCCGGACGCCGGCAAACAGCCCCGCAGCCCCCCGGCCCCUCCGCCGCGUUCCCCGAGAGCUUCUGCUUCCGAGGCUGCUCCCCGCGGGCGCUGAGGGCACAGAGCCUGCGGAUGGCCGUGUACAGCCGGGACUUCCCCGGGCUCGGAAGCAGCUUUGUGGGCGAGGUGGUCUUUCCCUGCGCCCGGGUGGUCUCAGAUUCUGUCUCCGGCUGCCUGGUCAGCUACACCCGGGAGCUGUCCGCCAGCAAGAGCAAGCGGCCAAAGAGCCUGAGCUGCCAGAACCUGCUGGCCCCAGGCCCUCAGGCUCCCCGGAUGGGCUCCCAAGGCCGGCUCUUCCUCCUUCUUCAGUUUCAAGCUGUUGCCGGCCGUAUCAAGGUGCUGGUCCUCAGGGCAGAAAACUUGCACAGCUUGGGCCGGCUACCGGGACACCGGGCGCAUUCUGUGGUGAUUGGCUUGUACCAGGCUGGCCAGCUGCUGGACUCCCGGGAGACUCGGGCGGUAGUGGGAUGCAGCCCAGUGUGGAAUGCCCCCUUCCUCUUCAGCCUCCCUCCCGGAGACCUUCAGGAGCAGAAUCUCUUCCUGCAGUUUACUGUCAGGCAGAGCCGCCUGCUAAGCCGAACUGUCACCCUGGGCUGGGUCCGAAUCGGUCCGGAAGCCUCAGCGGCUGGCCGGGCCCACUGGCAGGACAUGUGCCGGCGUAGCCUCCGGGAAUCUUCCCAGUGGCACCCCCUCUGCCCGGGCAAGCCGGACCCUCCCGGGGCAGCAGCCUCGGGAACUGGGACAAGAAACAGCUGA